AUGGCGCGAACACAAGGGGCUAAGUCUUCAUCUCCUUCGAACCGUAAGAAGAGUCUGCGAAAGGAGCCAAGUCCAGGUUUUGCUCCAGAGCCUUCGCCGUCGAGACCAAUUCCACCUCCGGUGAAGCCCGCGCCACCAAAGCCGCUGGCAAGACGAUACCUUACCAGGUCAGGCGGUCGGCCGUUGCAGAAGAAACCUAGGGUGGAGAGCUCAGAACCCAUCGAUUUGACUGAGCAAUCUCCAGAGCCUUCCCCAAUUCCAUCACCGGUUCAAACUCCAGUGCCGUCUCCGGUUCCUUCGCCGAGUCCCCUGCCAGUUCCAUCGCCGGUACCUCUUCAGUGCCAUGGGAUGCCAUGUCAUCUCCGCCAUAGUCUAAAUGCGGUUCGGCCUCCAGAAAUUCAUAGGCUGCAUAGCUUGAGUGAUCAGCAGCAGGUGAAGGUUGACUUCAUUCUUUUCGGCCAUCCAAUGUAUGCAUCAGACCACACAUGA